ACGUGCCUCGGCUGCGGCUGCUGCGCCCCGCGCCUCCGGGACCAUGUUGCGCUGGCUGCGGGGCUUCGUGCUGCCCGCGGCGGCCUGCCUGGAGGAGGACCCGCAGAGGCGCUACGAGAACCUCUUCCAGAAGCUGGACCGUAAUGCAGAUGGCGUGGUGGACAUCAGGGAGCUGCAGGAGGGGCUCAAGAGCAUGGGCAUCCCCCUGGGCCAGGACGCAGAGGAGAAAAUUUUUACUACUGGUGAUAUCAACAAAGAUGGGAAGCUGGAUUUUGAAGAGUUUAUGAAGUACCUUAAAGACCAUGAGAAAAAGAUGAAAUUGGCAUUUAAAACUUUGGAUAAAAAUAAUGAUGGAAAAAUUGAAGCUUCAGAAAUUGUCCAGUCUCUCCAAUUACUGGGCCUCACUAUCUCUGAACAGCAAGCAGAGUUCAUUCUUCAAAGCAUUGAUGCUGAUGGGACCAUGACAGUGGACUGGAAUGAAUGGAGAGACUACUUCUUAUUUAACCCUGCUACAGACAUUGAGGGAAUUAUCCGUUUCUGGAAACAUUCUACUGGCCUUGACAUAGGCGAUAGUUUAACUAUUCCUGAUGAAUUCACUGAAGAUGAAAAAAAGUCGGGCCAGUGGUGGAGGCAGCUCUUGGCAGGAGGCGUUGCUGGUGCUGUCUCUCGAACAAGCACUGCACCUUUGGACCGUCUGAAAGUCAUGAUGCAGGUUCAUGGUUCAAAAUCACACAAAAUCAGCAUAUAUGAUGGCUUUCGACAGAUGGUGAAAGAAGGAGGCAUCCGCUCCCUCUGGAGAGGAAAUGGUACAAAUGUCAUUAAAAUUGCACCAGAGACAGCGGUUAAAUUCUAUGCAUAUGAACAGUACAAGAAGUUGCUUACUGAAGAUGGACAGAAAAUAGGAACCUUUGAACGAUUUAUUUCUGGUUCCAUGGCUGGAGCAACUGCACAGACUUUUAUUUAUCCCAUGGAGGUUUUGAAAACCAGGCUGGCUGUAGGUAAAACUGGACAGUAUUCUGGACUAUUCCAUUGUGCCAAGAAGAUUUUGAAACAUGAAGGCAUGGGAGCUUUUUACAAAGGUUAUAUCCCCAAUUUAUUAGGCAUCAUACCGUAUGCAGGUAUAGAUCUUGCUGUCUAUGAGCUCUUGAAAUCCUAUUGGCUAGAUAAUUUUGCCAAAGACUCUGUAAACCCCGGAGUUGUGGUGUUGCUGGGAUGCGGUGCCUUAUCCAGCACCUGCGGUCAGCUGGCCAGCUACCCCUUGGCUUUGGUGAGAACACGCAUGCAGGCUCAAGCUAUGGUAGAAGGAGCCCCACAACUGAACAUGGUUGGCCUCUUUCAAAGAAUAAUUUCCAAAGAAGGAGUAACAGGACUUUACCGAGGCAUCACUCCAAACUUCAUGAAAGUGAUCCCUGCUGUAGGCAUCAGUUAUGUGACUUAUGAAAAUAUGAAACGAACUUUAGGAGUAACCCAGAAAUGAAAUGUUGAAUUUAUUGCUUUAGCAUUGAUGAUUGAAAUUUUCAACAAUCACUAGCAUGACUUUUUCUCUGAGAAUUGCAACAAGCCUAUGGCUAAGGAAGCUACUUUUUCACAAAAGGAAAGAGUAUAUCAAUGAUCACUUCAGAUUUUGGAUUACACACACAUACACAAACAGAAAUGUUAAAAAUCAUAGUUUUGAUAUUUCGUACAAUUUUGGAAAGGUCACAAUAUUGCUUUUUAUUAUUUCUUAUUAGUCCUUUUUAUAAAUCUCUUACCUUUGAACAAGAAAUCUGAAAAACGUACUGGCUUGAACUAAAUUUGUUUCGUGUGGAGCAUGGUAAAUUGUCCAUCUUUAUUUUGAUUGGUUCAAGUUUAUGUGAGUUCCUUUGACUUUCACUGUCUUUUUUUUUUUUUUUUGAAAACAAAAUGAUGAGGAGGCCUUGAAAGUUAAAUUGUUUUAUUUUUGAAUGUCUUUCUAGACUUUUAAAAAUUUCUGUUUGACUGUUUAUAAGAAAAUCACUGUGCGAAAACAUACCUUGUGACUGUCAAAUAAGUAUAGCAUUUAUAUCUUUAUCUUUCUUUAAGCUGAAUAAGAAUGAAACAUAAGUGACAGAAUUUCAAGGCAUUUGAAUGCCUUAAUCCGUAUCAUUUUGUAUAAGAAGGAGUAAUGACAUAUUUAUUUCAGUGGACACUACUCCAUGCUAACUGUACUAUUUCCUGGUUCCUGGGAUGGUACCGAUUAUCAGUAUAUUACUGUGAAAUGACCGAUGUAAGGUAAAUCAUUUGAAGGAUUAAGUUUAUUCUGUCAUUGUGUUAAAAAGCACCAGGAAACAAACCCUUUGCUUAUGUCAGUUUCUGAGGAGCACUUCCCUUUUCUUUGUCCUUUGAUUUCUAAUAAUUUCUGUUAUUAGAGCACUUGAAUGAAAACUCAGUGACGUAAUAGGUGUUUAUUUAAACCUACCUCUUACAUCUUCUGAACCAAAGACAAAAGUUGGACUUGUGUCUGUGAACCAUACUCUAAAAUGUAGUUUUUAUUAGGUUGGUUAGUUUGAUAAAUGUUUGAUAAAUGUUAGGUAGGUUAGUUUGAUAAAAGUUUGAUAAAUGUUUCCAUAUUUUAUAAUGUAUCUGAUGGGUUUGGGACUCAACUCUAUCAGUGAUUUUUGUACUUUUGAAUACAUAAGUGACAAUGUUAAGUUGGAUAAUCAGCUUUUUUUUUACUCAAAUUAUGGAAUAAAUACUGCAAUUUCAAGCUACUGAAAAAUAUUGGGAGUUCAUUAUGAAUUUGUUUGCUACUUAACAUUUGUAGGAGAUGAGUGCGAUUUAUCUGCGCAUCUUGUAUUUUUUAAUAAAAUGAUCUUGACAAAAGCCUGGAGUUGAAAAUAGGUUUUUUUCUGAUAGCAUAUUUCUUUUCUAUUUAUAUUAAAAAUGUGCGUCAUUUUGAAAUGACUUCUUUCCUUAUUUAAAAAAGUGUAAGGAAGGCGAAAGAAUGCCCGUGUCACACGGCUUCUAUUAUUUACAGUGGUUUAAAUCUCAUUUUUUUUUUAAAGAUUUAUUUAUUUUUAUACAAGCAUUGGGUAUAGUCACAAGCGCGGGAGGGUGAGAGAAUUCACCAGAGCCAGAGCAGGGAACAGGACAGACUGACGAAAUACACUGUUGAGGGGAGCAGCAGGUGGCAGGAGAGGUCUGCGCGCCAUGUGGGACCCUCGCCAGCAGCUGGAUUGAACUGGCCCUGCAGAGGCUGCAGGCAGCUUCGCAGCCCGGUGCUCAACCGCUGCGCCACCAGGGGAGGCCCCUGAAUCUCACUUUUCACAUCUGGUUCUGUAAAGUCUUUCUAAAUAUUUGACCGUCCCUGAUCAACUACAGCAGCUGUUGUAUCUGUCACACAUUUUGGCAUAAAGUGAUGUGUUUUGUAACGUCCAAAUUCCACAUUUGUCAGUUAGGGGUGCUCCCUGGAAGUUCACAGUGCUAAGGAGAAUCCCAAAUCACAGCAUUUCUUGGCACAACUUGGUGGACUAACAGCUUGACCUGACUUUAUGAAAACACAAGCUAAGUAAAAUGCUGGUAAGUAAUGUAAAAAUUGUUUGU